AUGGAUUUGGCUCUCCAAUUAAGCUAAAUGAAAUUUAUUAAAGGAAAUGACUUUCGUAAAAAUUUGAUUGAUAAUGGACAUUUAGGGUAAGGAAAUAGUAGAGUUUAUAGUGUUUUGAUGAAUGGUAAAAUGUAUGCACUUAAAGUAAGAGAUUUCUUGUAUUAAGUAAGUCAUAAUCAAUUAGUGUAACAUUGAAAAUGAAAUAUAAAUCAUGUAAUAAUUGUAUCCAUCAGAAUAUGUUAUUAAUUUAAUUGAUUUUAUGAUAUUAGAAACUGUAUCAGCAGAUAAAUAUGCAUAAAGUUAAUAAUUUGCAUAUUUGUUAAUGGAAAAAGGAUAGCAAAAUUUAGAUUUAUAUAUUAAGGAUAAAAAGCAUUAUUUAGAAGUUGAAGAAUUGCAUAAAAUUUUAGAAUAACUAAUCAAUAUUUUCGAGUAUUUAUAAUAAAAGAACAUUGCACAUAGAGAUAUAAAAUUAGAAAACAUAUUGAUAAUGGAUCCUUUUUAAUUGAAAGCUUGUGAUGUUGGAUGUAGUUCCUAGAUUGAAACAAUUUAGACAAUAAAUGUUGUAGGUACUAAAUCAUAUUUAGCACCUGAAUUAUUAAAUGCAGAAACAACAAAACUUAAACAUAAUCCUUUUAAAAGUGAUGUUUAUUCUUUAGGUUUAUGCUUUUUAUAUUUAGUGACAUUACAAUAAUGGAAUUUUAGGUAAAAAGUGAAUUCUUAAAUUGAAGAAGAAAUAAUAAUAGACUAUAUAAGAUAUGUUGAACGUAUUACUUAAUCAGAUUAAAUAAUUUUAACUAUUUUAAAGAAAAUGUUAUAAAUAAAUCCUAAUAAUCGUCCUGAUUUUAUAGAAUUGAAGUCCUUUUAUUUAUAAUUGAAAGAAAAUCAAACUUAAUAAAUUGCACUUUCAAAAGGAACAACAUUUGAAUCAUUUGAAUCUCCUAAAAAGGGAAUUUCAUAAUUUGAUUAUCUUUCUCCAGAUAUUUUAGUUAAUAGAGGUAGAAAUACAGGAUCUAAUUUUUAUUAAUAGGAAAGAUAGAAAUCAGCUAAAUAAAUUGCAGUUAAUUUGAGUAAUCAAAAAAAAUAGAAAUCAUCUACAAAUUUAUUAACUGAUUCAAACAUAAAAAGAUAAACAUCAAAAUCUCCAAGAUAAUCUUCACCAUCUAAUUUUUAAACAAAGGAUACUCAAUUUAAUAAUAAUAAAACACCAUCUGCUAAUCCUCUUAAACUUACUCAAUCAACAAAAAAUAGAUAAAUUAAUGCUCCUUUAUCUCCUAGUCAUAGUUAAUAAAAUUUUUAAUAGAGAUAGUUAUGGCAAUAAUCAAAAUUUAAUCAUUCUGUUGUAGAAUCUAAAAGAAUACACCCUGAAAGUUCUUCAUAAACUAUGCCUUCAAUUUAAAUGAUAGCCCCUGAAGAUUAAAAAUCUUUAGAUGACUUUCUCUAUUGUAAUUAUAAUAAAGUUUCAGUACUUUAUUAGUAUCAUAGUUAUAUUAGUUUAUAUCAAAAUAAUCAAAAUAAUUUAUACAACAAGUGUAUAAUUCCUAAUAAAUGUAAAAUUCUCAAUUUAAAAUUAAAUAAUUAAACACCUGAAUUAAUAUUAUCUAAUUAAAAUGAUAUUUAAAUUCUUAUUCUAGAAAUAAUUGAGGAUUCAAAUCAUAAUUCUUGUUCUAAAUGGUCAGAUAAUUUAUGUAAGAUGUAAUUUCCUUGUAUAACAUAAUUAGAAAUUAUUAUUCAAAAUUAAAAUCCAUAAAUUAAUAAUAUUGUCUAAUUACUUACUAAAAUCUAACAUAUCCCUAAAGUUAAUUUAACUAUAGGAACAUAAAUUUCUGAAUAAGAUCAUAGAACUAUUAUGUGGACAUUAAGUAAAUAUAAUUGUAUCUCUUUUGAAUUUAAAAUACCAAAAAUUAAAUUAAAUUAUACUCAAACUUCAUAGCUUUGGUUAUUUAAUUAAACUUCUUUAGAGGAAUUAAGUUUAGAUUAUGAUGAUUGUGGUUUAUAGUAAGUUUUCUCUUAAUUAGUAGCAUCUUUAAGAACUCUAGAUUUAAAAAAAUUUUAAUUUAAUUUAACUAAAUUGUAAUCAAAAAAUUCUGAAAUCAGUUUAUUUUUGGAGUAUUUAGGAUCUAAAUUUAGUUUAAAAGAUCUUGUUUUAAUUAUGGAUUAUAUAACAAAUUAUGAUAAGAUGGUUUAAGAAAAAUUAAAAAAUAAUAUUGGGAAAUUAAAAAAAUUAGAGAGACUAUAUUUAUCUUUAGUAGGAAACAAUAUUAAUUUUGAUUUUCUAGAAAAAAUAUUUAAUUAAUUUGAAUAACUAACUUCUUCUCUUAAAUUUAUUGUUUUACGCAUUGAUAGAAUAUUUGAAAAAUAAAAAAUAAAAGAAUUGAAAAAAAUGUACCCUAACAUGUCAAUAUUUACCUUAUAAUUUUAUGUAACAAAUACAACAUUAACUAUUAUAAUGCACAAUAAUGGAUUAUAAAAGUUUUAAGAUUAUGGGAUUACAAAAUGUAAUUAAGGCAGAUAAAUUAAACUGAGUAAAAUGUAUUACUGUAUAAAAUGUUCAAAAAUUCAUUCUUUCUUCCUUAAUCAUUUAUUUUAAAUUUGCAGCAUAUGUGUCUCAUAAUGCCAUUCUAAAUGUGAAAAUAUUAAUAAUCAUAAUAAUAAAGAAACAAUUAGUUUUGGAUCUGAUUCUCUCACAAAGAGUUAAAUAGUUUUGAAUGAAAUUAGAAAAAAUCAUACAUUUAUUGAAUCCUUUAAUACAUUUGAUUAUAGAUGCUAUUGUCAUUUAUUAGGAACAUGCACUCAAUAAAUUCAAAAUAAAGAUAGAAAUAAAAAUCAAAUUCAAUUCAAGUAAUUAUUUAUAUAAAUUAUAGUUGUAAAACUUGCAAAAAAGAUUUAUGUCGAUAAUGUUAUUAAGAUUGUCAUUCCUAACAUUUAACUAAAGAGUUAUAUAUUAACAAAUUUAUCUGCUAAUGUGAAUGUGAUAAACAUGUCUGA